AUGCUCCUCGUCAGCCUCGCGGUUGCUGACAAUCAGGAUCGUAAGCGGGACGGCACGGGUAACCAGGACCGCGACAGGAAGCGCGACGGCUCGUGCGCCAAAUCCGGCACGUGCAGCGGCGGCAAGAACGGCGGCAACCCCGGUGGUCGCGGCGGCAAUGGCGCUGGGAGGGGGAAUCAGGGGAAGAAAGGCACGGGGACUUGCAACAAGAGCGGCAGCGCGAGUUGCGACGGCAGCGGGCGGAAGAACGCGGUGAUGGCGAGCUCGAAUGCUGCGGUGGCGGCUGCUGACGUGGACGUGCAGGCGUGUGACGGGGCGAAGCAGGCGGGGAAGCUGAUGAGCGGAUUGCGGAAGAGCGGAUUCAACAAGUUCGCGGCGGCGCUGCAGCAGACAGGUGCGCUGUGCGCCACUGCUGGCACUGUCCCUCUCCCUCUCCCUCUCCCUCUCCCUCUUGUCUCACCUGCCAUCUCACCUGCCAUUUCCAUGUGCGCCACCAUGCCUCACACCAUCCGCGGAUUUGGCGGAUGCCUGGCGGCGGAGUUCCCGGAGGUGAUGUGUGCGGGCGGGGUGACGCUGCUGGCCAUCCCCGACGCGCCCAUGGGGCAGCUGCCCCCUUCAGUGCGAGGGGACCCGGUGAUGCUGAGGGAGCAGCUGCUGCUGCACGUCGUCAAGGGCGCCCGCCCCUACUCCCGCAUGCAGGCGCGCGGCAAGAACUACAAGUUCGCCUGUGCGGCGGGGGCGGGGUCAGGGCGGCUGGUGAAGGCGAGCCAGGGCAGCGCGGCGCUGGUGCUGCGAGUGGGCAGGGGGUGGGGGCAGGCAGCAGCCGUGACGCGCCCCGAUGCCUUCCGGUGCACGGGGGGGGCGGUGCACGGAGUGAACUGCGCGCUGGGCUUGGGGCGCAUGGGCAGGCCGGGCAGGCGCGUGCCUCUGGGGCAGUGCCUGCGCAACGGCAGGGAUGAGGAUGAUGACUAG